AUGAGCGCGCGCACCAAGUUCCCCGCCGUCCUCAUCCACGGCGUCUUCGGCUUCGGCCGGCAGCGGCCGCUGUGGGGCCACUGGGUCCCGUACUGGCCCGAGCGCGAGCUGCAGCGCGUCAACCCCAACCACCUGCUGGUGGACGUCGGCGGCGUGUCCUCGGACCACGAUCGGGCCUGCGAGGUGUUCUACCAAUUGGUGGGGGGCCGCGUUGACUACGGCGAGCAGCACUCCAAAGACACAGGCCACGACCGCUACGGGGAGCAGUUCGACACGCCGCUGCACCCGGACUGGAGCGAGGACAACCCCGUACACUUGCUGGGCCACAGCUUUGGGUCCACGACGGCCAUCGAGCUGUUCCAGAUGCUGAGCGCCGACUUCUUCGGCGUCGGCAGCUCGCACAAGUGGGUGGCCAGCAUCACGUGCAUCGCUGGGCCCCUGACGGGCUCCACGCUGACCCACUUGAUCGGCAUGGAGGGCGUCCACGUGGUUCACGGAGGACCCGUCCACUUGCUGGGGAUCGUGCUGGGCUCGUGGAUCAAACUGUAUUGGAAGUUCCCCAUGCUCAAGAACGCCGCGGAUCUGCACAUGGACCACUGGAGCAGGUACUCGCUCAGGGACUUGCUGCUGGCCAACGGCCCGGUCAACUCGUCGCGGGAUCUGGUCGUCCACGGUACGCUGCCCGAGCACCGCAUCUCGCGCAACGCCGAGCUGCAGCACAUGGACAAGCUGCACUUGCUAAGCAUCACUACGUCGCCCAAGACCGUUCACCGUCCGUACGGCGAAGGUGUCGCAAUUGCACUGCUGAUACUGCUGCGUUGGGGCCGAUUUCCGAAGUGGUGUCCGGCGUUGGCGAGGAACCGCGUCGUUAGAUCAGUGGCCAGCGUCCUGGUUGUUGGCUAUCUGCUAUUCAAGCUGAAGAAGCUCGACGUGUCCAAGAUGCCGACAAUGUACGGCCUCAAGUGGCUCAUCCGGCGCCGCGCCCGUAGCCUUCCGAUGAUCUUCGACGGCUACGAGCCUGGCAGCUGGGAGCACAAUGACGGCGUGGUGAACAUCCGCUCGAUGUUGAGGCCGUGGUUCCCGUCGCCACAGGAGAUGGAGAAGGAAAUCAACAGCAGCGACUCGAGCCCGCCAGCUCCGUCCCUGCCAGCGACGUCGUCCACUUCAUCGUUGAAAGACACAGCCCUGGCACGUUGCGAGUCCCACAUCUCCAUCGACGGAUUCACCCGGGACACGGACGACGAGCAGCAGUCUCUCGGCCCUCGACGCUUUGAAAAGGGCCGCUGGUACGUCUACCGCGUGGACAGCAACCACCUCGCAGGGACCUACUGGGACAGCAACGCGGCCGACUUGUACACGAGCUUGUUCACGCUCAUGAGCAAGGAGUACGAGCGGCAACCACCUUGUUAA